AUGCGGAAAGUUCGGGUGGGCUCGGUAGUGGGCACCCGAAUGGAUAAAACAGCAGUGGUGGAACUGGUGUGGAAACAACGCCACCGGGUCUACCGCAAACAGAUGCGUCGCGUAACCCGUUUCUACGUUCACGACCCGGAAGAACAGUGUCAAAUCGGUGACAUGGUGCGAAUCCAGGAAACCCGGCCCAUCUCCCGCACCAAGCACUGGCGCCUGUUGAACAUCCUGUCCCGGCGGGAGGUCGCUGACAUACGACCAAUUGAACUCGAAGGCGAUAGCAUCAUAGAAACAUCCGAAGACCCUUCGGUGGCAUCAGACUCAGCAAUCGCCGUGGCACAAGAAUCCGGUGACUACAACGAAGACGAGGACGCUUAG